AUGAGAAUUCCCAUAGAAGCUUUAUCCCUUGAAAGCCUGGGCCUUUUUAGCAAACUUGAGCAUAACAACUUCAAGGAAAAAUUUCCUUCGUGCCCCUCGGAUCUGCCGCUGUCGUGUUCUAACCACACGGUGAUCAAUGAUAGUUGUUGCUUUGAGUAUCCUGGUGGCAUUAUGCUACAAACCCAGUUCUGGGAUUAUGUGCCUCCGAGAAAUAUGGAUUCUGGCCGCUGGAACAGCGACCUUGAAAAGCACCUAGGUCCAAAUACGUCGUUCACCAAUCAUGGUCUUUGGCCUGAUAAUUGCGACGGCAGAUAUGAGCAGUUUUGCGACUCUUCGCGCCAGAUUGAUGAUGUUUAUCAUCUUCUGACCUCUGAGGAGUUUAACAAAGAAGGUAUGGAAAUUCAGGGCAAAGAGCUCUUGGAACAGAUGGGCAAGCUUUGGAAGAGUAAUACCGGAGACGACGAAUCGCUGUGGAUUCACGAGUUCAACAAACAUGCCACUUGUAUUAAAACUUUGCAGCCUAGUUGCUAUGCUCGCUGGGACGGGAACGAGGAGGCAAUCAGCGAAGAUCACGAGAAACAAGCUGUUUUCGACUACUAUAGAAUCGCAAUGAAACUUUAUGGGGAACUUGAUACAUUCCAGACGCUUGAAAAGCAUGGAAUUGUCCCAUCUGUUGGCAAGUCAUAUUCACGUAAACAGAUAAGCGAAGCUUUGAACUCGGAUUUCAAAGGGAAAGACGUUUUUUUCAAGUGUGACCGCAACAAGGCAUUGAAUGAAAUCUGGUAUUAUCACCUGCUACAGGGUAGCUUGUUGGGAGAGCAAUUCGAGCCAAUUGACUCUUUGAGACCACGUUCAAACUGUCCCGAGGAAGGAAUAAAAUUUUAUCCUAAAGGUCACAGACCGCAUAACGGAGGGCGGCCAGGCGGCGGAAACCGCGGUCAGAGGGGAAUUAUACGUGUCAGUGGGUACAAUGGCUUCAUAAUUCGUAACGGCCACUGGAUGACCACCGGUACACCCGCUAACUUUGAUCUCAUCAAGGCACCUUUCGGAAACUAUUAUCUCAAGUCAAGGACUGGAUACUGUGGGUCUGAUAACAAGCAUGAGGGUGUUCUUGUGUGUAACAAAGGCAUUUCGAGCGCCUCUCAAUUCGAUUACGACGAAACAAAAGGGUUUUUGGGGCUGUCAGGAAGUUUUGCUUGGCAUGCUAAUGAAUAUCCAAGGGGCCGUCGGCAGGCUCAAAUUUACACGGGAUCCCCCGAGGACUCAAAGUACCCACUAAAAUUGAAAUUUGUAAAAUUGCAUUAA